CACAGACUCGCCACUGACGAGCGACACAGUUGAACCGCGCACAUCUCCCCUACAGAAAGUCUCUCUAAAGACUUCUGCUGCAUCUAGGGUUUACGUUGAGUUACGAAUGGUGAACUCGUCUGUGGAGUUUUUGUUGAAUAGUAACUGCUUUAGUUGUCAAAAAGGACCUAAAGACCCGUGUUUCCUCGAAGCUAUCAUGCUGAACACAGAGGAAAGUUCGUGGUUAGCUGGGUCUCGGCUGACCUGCUCCAUCCCUCAGUCUCCAGGGCCUCUGUGGUGCUCCGAUGCCCCUCACCCACUACUGAAGAUCCCGGGUGGGCGAGGGACGGUCAGGGAUCACUCUCUCGGCGUGCUACUACAUAAGGAUGAAAAGUUAACCGUGACACAGGGCGCUCCAGGGAGUGGGAACCCCUCUCUUCUACGCUUCCACUACCAGCUAAGUGAGCGCCGCUCGGCCUUCUGGGACACCGUUCUAUCAGGAGACAGCUUAUAUCUGGAGAUCCCUGCUGGUUCGCUCGCGGAGGGAAGCAAAGAAGGGCUAACAGCUCUGCUGGAGUUUGCAGAGGAGAAGCUCAAAGUUAACUACGUGUUCCUGUGGUUCCAUAAAAGCAGAGAGGAUCGAUUGUCCAUCAUCAAGACGUUCCACUACAUGGGCUUUGAGAUGGUGAAGCCAGGCAACCCCAUGGUACCCACCCGGCCCGAUCUAGCCUUCAUGGUUUACUCUCUGGACAACAGCAGCUCAGACGAGGAGUGACUGCCACCCAGUCUCCUGACACCUCCCUCAUCCACCCUGACUCUCCUUCUACCUCCCCGUUUCCCCCCCCAACAGAAACACACACCCUCUGCCUCGACUCUCACUCCCGCCCGAACUCCAAGUCUCCUCUCAGAAGUCCUUCAUCACUGACCGGGAGGUGUCUCCUUUUUUUUUUUGUGAAAAUAGACUUUGUGAUCUAAGGAGGUUUUAAAGCGGUAGGAUUUCCAUAUGAUGCAGACACCCCCCCACCUCCCUAUGGUUCCCUUCCCAGAGGAUCACAGCAGACUGGAGAUGGAGAGGCGUAGCUCGAACUGAGUCACCACACACAUCGUUUUGUUUCUCUUUUCCUGCUUGGUGAUUCCCCGCUCAACUUUAUUAUUUUUGUGCUAUGAUCAACAAGACACACAACUAGGAAGAUGUGGUGAUUUACAUAGAAAUUCAGCAUAUCUCUCCUCCGACAGCUUCAACCUUUUAUAAGAAAAGAGACUUUGGUUUGUCUUUGUGUGCUGUAAAACAUGCAAGCGGUGCUGGUUGGGGUAAAAAGAGGAACUUAAGGCUUAGAUUUAGUAAAAAAAAAAAAGUUAUGCUUCAUGAUAUAAAUGAUGGUGAACGCCUGAUGUGUUACAUUUAUCCUCAAAGCACAUGUAAACAUUUCUUUACAGUUCCUCCUGAUAUAUGUUAAAGGCAUCAUUCCAGCACAUGUCACACACUUUGGGGUUUGUGUUACAUUUUUUUUGCUCCAAUCUACCCAAAACUGUCUCACCACAAAUGUAGAAAUCUCCUGUUAGUCUCUGCGCUCGCGUCACAGCUGAGCAGCAGAUCGUAUAUUGAAUGUUGAAAUGAGGAAGCUGCCAGCUCGCCGAGGCAAACAUCUCCUCUUCCUCUUCUGGGCGAUAAUCAGCUGUGUGUUUAUUGACCGACUGAAGAGGAAGAUUUACCCAGUUCACCCAUGACACCCAGAAAUGAGUGCUUAGAGUUUAUAUUUUUCAAGAGUCAUAAGCUGCAAAACAGUUAGUGUGAGGUGACCAGGUUUACAGAGGAACUCCACUCAUUGUUUCUUUGUAUUAAAAUGUCAAAAUGAUGCUCAAAUCCAGUGAAGCUUAAGCCCCAGUUUGAACCUUUCAUGCAUCUCAUUCAAGUCAAGCUCAGCAUCCAUUUUCAUUUAGUGAAAAGAAACAUCUGAUGAAGGUUGGAAAUCUGUGAAGGUUGUGAAACAGCAUGAAACACUGACCUGAGGGGAUUUCCAGCAUCCUGUGGGACUCCAUUCAGUCACUUGCAUAAUAAGAGCGCUGUUAAACACAGAGCGGUUUGAAUUUGUGUCAAAAUUCAGGUAGCAGGACACGACCGCAUGAACUUCCAAACAUCAUUUUGUGUGAAAAUCUGAAAUAAUACAAUUCAGAUCUCUGCAGGGAAAUCUAACCCUUUGAUAGAGCGUUUUAUUACUUUUGAGUCGUGUUAUUUUUUGGAUGUUCUGUACUGCUGCUAUCUGAAUUUUAAUCAGGAGCAAGAAGCGCGUCUUCAGAGGACAAACGUCUCUGUAUUUACAACGAUAGUUUUGUUCAUCCCCACGGUUCUGGAAAUGUUUUUAUAACAAUGUUAACUUCUGUUUUACAACCUUCUGGGAUUUUCCAAAGAUCACUGAACCACCCUGUGACUGGAAUAAUGCUUAUACACGAGAGGCACAAACUGGGCUCUGUGAGGGCUUCAUUCAGCCCUGUGCAGUCAUCAGUUUUAUUUCCCCAAGUCAGCUGAAAGCUUGAUUAAAAACGGGGCUUUUUGUGCCUAAAGAGGAGAGUGCAAUGUCAACGAUGUUUGUUUUUUACUCUUGAGUCUUAUUGAAGAAUGUCUCCCAUAUUUCAUCCCAUGCAGAUCAGACCCUAAUGUGAGAGAAUGAGCUCAUCAGAGGGGGGCAACAGCAGCAGCAGCAGCACUUCAGGUUAUUACCAUAUAUGCAAACAGCAGGAGGAGUCCUGUGCAGGUUUUAUUUUAGGUUUUUAGUACUUUUGAACAAAACGCCAAAGAGCCCAUUGUCUGUAAAAUCUUCAAACAUGCUUUGGAAUUCAGCUGAUUUAAGCCCUAGUUUGGUAUGUAAAGCAAUAUAAACCUACAUUCCCCAUGCCAGCCGUACUACCUGUAACACCUCAGAGAAAACACAUGAUAGUCGACUGUUCCAUGUUGGUGUUGGGAUGGGGUGGGGCCUUUCUUCUUUUUAUUCUUCUUUUUUCUGCAUGUGUUCAGAACAUACGAGUCUUCAUUGCUACUGAUCGAGCCCUGACUAUAAGCUGUUAGGAAAUGUCAAUAUAUGAAUUUUUUUUCUCAGAGGUAUAUUUUUAUGUAUGUAUAUUUCUCUAAUGUUUACUGUGAUAGUUUAGGGUUCUAUUUUUUGUUCUCAGUGACGAUAGUUUUAGUGAACAUUCAAUGACAAUCCACUCUUGUAUACUUGGAAUUUUUUGUCUGGGGGGGAAACAAUAAAACUUGUUAUCUAAA